AUGUCUGACUAUCCUGCACCUUACGGAAACAAUGGGAGCAGUGCACCCUACCCUCCUUCUUCGACAUCACCCUACCCGCCGCCAAGUGAAGGGUCUAAUCCAUAUCCACCCCCUGAAAAUAGCGGAGACCAGUCUAAGAGCUACCCUCCUUCCUAUCCAAGUCAAACUCCUUACCCACAACAGCUACGUUGUAUAUGUAUUAAUGAUUAA